AAUGAGGCUGUUGAGGAUCUCGCUGAUGUCAGCACUACACGUAAGAGAAAAUUUUCUUCAGAAUCGUCGGUUGGUAGUUCCUCACAAACAAAACCAAAGCUAAAGCGUGUUUCAUUUGCUGAGAAACUGGAACACACUAAAAUCUUUGAGAAGUCAGUAAAGAAGCUUAAGGUAUUCAUCUUUAUUUUAACAAUGAGUAAAAUGUUAUUUAACAAAGUAACAGUUAUGAUUCAGGUAACUAGAAAAGUGAAGGAAAGAUUGUUGGCGUUGCCGAAAAAGGAGAGGAAAGCCUAUCUAAGGGAAAUUCGCAAAAAACAGAGACCAUUUUUCGAGUUGGGCUUGGAGUGCAAAAAGUUAUGGGAGUUCAAAUUUUCUUUUACAAAAAAGGAAAGGCUUGCUAGUGAAAUGUUUGGCUUGAUAAAAGGGAAACUGAAAGGGUUGGUAUAUGCUCAUGAUACUUCUCGGGUAAUAGAAAACUUACUGACGUACGCCCGAGCUGAACUCCGUAAAGCAAUUUUUGAAGAACUCACUCCGGAAAUUAUUAGAAUGUCAAAAAGUGUAUACGCUCACUUCCUGGUUAUUAAAAUUGCUCCAGCAAACCGCAACGUUAUAAUUGAGGCUUUCCGUGGCCAUUGUGUUUCGUUAAUGAAAAUGCAGGGGACUGGUUCGGAAGUGUUGGAGUUGGCAUAUAACGAUUUUGCAACUGCCAAACAGCGCUGGAAUAUUAUAUCUGAAUUUUAUGGACCAGAAUUUGUGUUUUUCAAGGUGUCGAAAAAAUUAUUUCUAGAAAUUAAUUUUUUUUUAUUGAGGUUUAGUCUGACUCAUCAUUUGUUACGCGAUUUUUUCACCUAUUGCAACAAGGAUCAAAGAACCGAAAUGAUUGAUUCGCUUCAAGAAAGGAUACCUGAAAUAAUUCAUACUGCUGAUGGCUCGUACGUUGCCUUGUAUUGUAUUUGGUAUGGCAGCACAAAAGAGCGCAAGUUAAUGGUCAAAAAUUUCAAAGGAUACGUUGUGAAGGCGGCUCGAGAAGAAUUUGGUCACCGUGUUCUUAUAGGAAUUUUUGACAGUGUGGAUGACACAGUAUUGGUAUCAAAGUUUAUACUUAAAGUAUGGGAUGUUGCUAUGGAUUCUUACGGCGUACGGGUUUUACAUUAUUUGGUACGACCACGUAAUCCCUUCUAUUUCCCCAAGAAUUACAUUCAAAUAUUUCGUAAGGUUUGUUUUGGGGACAAUAAUGAAAAUAGUAAAAAGGAAUCACAGCAGCGUUAUUCAGAGUUGUUCAACAAUAUUUCUACGCCACUUUUCAAGUUUUUGGCUGGAAAUAUGGAACGAUUGAUCUUUGUUGCAAACACAGCUCUUCUUGUACUGAAUUCUCUUCAACGCCCCGGCGACCAUGAUUUAUAUCAUCGUAAAGUCAGCGACAGUGAUAGGCAAGCGUGCUAUGAGGCAAUAGCAAAAGUAUGUAGCGAGGAGUUUAUUCCUUGCAAUGUGGAGCGGUUUCAUGCCAUUGAGCACCCUCAGGCACAUUUUGUAAUCUCGCAGUUGCUAAUGUCUGAUGAUAGUUUCGACGUGAAACUUAGUGAUUCGCUAGCCAAGUUGGAUCCUAGCCUUUUGUCUUCCUGGGUGUCGUGCAAUAAAGGAUGCUUUAUCCUCUUACAUAUGUUUGAAUAUGGGACGUCAAAAACUAAAGAGUUGCUGUGCAAGAUAAUUUCACUGAGUUAUUUGAAGACGUAUAACAGUAACGGAGCGAAGGCAUUGUAUAAAAAGCUAGUUCUUCCUUUGUUUGGCAAUUAUCUCUUCUUUCAGAUUUGUUAA